AUGAACGAUAAGCAACAACAGUCAAAUAUCAUUCGCAAUAUUUGUAAAGUAUAUAACAUUCAACUUCUUGAUAAUCCUUCUUCAUCAUCUAUUGCAUCGUUGGAACAAACAGAAAUUAAUGAUGUUUAUUUAACUAACAGAAUUGAAAACGAGAAAGAACAAAACAUGUCUAAUGAAAUUCAAAUGAAAACACCAAUUGAACCAACACAAUUUGAACAGCAAUCAACUCAGAGACGUAAAUCAGAUGAAAAACUGGACUCUGAGCUUUUAUCUCAUGAGAUUGAUUUAUCAAAACAAAAACCAACCCGAAAUCACCGUCCACAACGACGUCGACAAUGA